AUGGACAGUACCUGCCACAACGCGACUGCCAAAAUAUUAGCUACUGCUCCGGCCCGGGGCAACAUGAUGAGCACCUCCAAACCCUUGGCUUUCUCCAUCGAACGAAUCAUGGCGCGCACUCCCGAGCCCAAGGCCCUGCCGGUCCCUCACUUCCUGCAGGGAGCCGUGCCCAAGGGGGACCCCAAGCACUCUCUGCAUCUUAACUCGUCGAUCCCCUGCAUGAUCCCCUUCGUGCCUGUGGCGUACGACACGAGCUCCAAGGCCGGCAUGGCUGGCUCGGAGCCGCGGAAGACGAGCCUGGAGGCUCCGGCGGCCCCGGCGGCGGCGCCCGCAGCGCCCGCGUUCAGCUGCAGCGACCUGCUCAACUGCGCGCUGAGCCUCAAGGGCGACCUGGCCCGCGACGCGCUGCCGCUGCAGCAGUACAAGCUGGUAAGGCCGCGCGUGGUCAACCAUUCUUCCUUCCACGCCAUGGGAGCCCUGUGCUACCUGAAUCGAGGUGAUGGCCCGUGCCACCCGGCGGCCGGCGUUAACAUCCACCCGGUGGCCUCCUACUUCCUCAGUUCCCCUCUGCACCCUCAGCCAAAAACGUAUUUAGCUGAAAGGAAUAAACUGGUGGUCCCGGCGGUGGAGAAGUACCCCUCGGGAGUAGCUUUCAAAGACUUGUCCCAGGCUCAACUGCAGCAUUAUAUGAAAGAAAGCGCCCAGCUUCUGUCGGAAAAAAUCGCUUUCAAAACCUCUGACUUCACCCGAGGCUCUCCUAAUACCAAGCCCAAAGUUUUCACUUGCGAAGUGUGUGGAAAGGUCUUUAACGCACACUAUAACUUAACCCGUCACAUGCCAGUGCACACAGGAGCCAGACCCUUCGUUUGCAAAGUCUGUGGAAAGGGCUUCCGGCAAGCCAGCACCCUGUGCAGGCACAAGAUCAUUCACACCCAGGAAAAACCUCACAAAUGUAACCAGUGUGGCAAAGCAUUUAAUAGAAGUUCCACUUUAAACACACAUACCCGAAUACACGCAGGCUACAAACCGUUUGUGUGUGAAUUCUGUGGCAAAGGAUUUCAUCAAAAAGGGAAUUACAAAAACCACAAGUUGACCCACAGCGGGGAGAAGCAGUUCAAGUGCAAUAUCUGCAACAAGGCUUUCCACCAGGUUUACAACCUCACCUUCCACAUGCACACUCACAAUGACAAGAAGCCCUUCACCUGCCCCACGUGUGGCAAGGGCUUCUGCAGGAACUUUGACCUCAAGAAGCACGUCCGCAAGCUGCAUGACAGCAGCCUGGGGCUGGCCCGCACGUCUGCUGGGGAGCCCGGCACCGACCCAUCGCCCCCUCUACAGCAGAUGCCGCCUGCGACCUUGCCACCUCUUCCACCACCGCUGCCACCCCCUGGGCCCCUGCAGCCCGGGCUCCACCCGGCCCAUCAGUGA